CUUCUUGUAUCUUUCGCGUAUUUCUGUUUGAAUUCCAGUUGUAGGAUAAAUGGUGUGGUUUGAGCUCGAUAUCAUUUCAUGAAUGAGCCAGUCAAGAUUUUGCCUGACUAACCAACGGGCAUUGACAGGUUUUGAAUCAUGUGAAAGUGGAGGGCUAUGGAAUAUGCUUCCAAGGCUGAUUUUUCAUGUUUCUUCUGCCACCUGGCUGUCCAAAGCAUUGGCCAGUACAAGUCCAGCCUUGUUGACCAAUAGCACCUGGAGUCGGCGCACCAUGAGUGAUGAGGUGCAGAAGGCCCAGGCAGCAAAGCCAGUGCCAGGACCCACCAUCUUUGACAAGAUCAUUGACAAGUCAAUCCCUGCUGACAUAAUUUAUGAGGAUGAACAGUGCCUGGCAUUCCGUGAUAUAAAUGCCCAGGCACCAGUCCACUUCCUAGUCAUACCGAAGAAGCGUAUUGGUGCCCUCUCUGAGGCUGAAGAUGCUGAUGAAAAGCUUCUCGGACAUCUGAUGCUGGUUGCCAAGAAGACUGCUGCACAGGAGAAACUGGAAAAGGGAUUCCGACUGGUGAUCAACAAUGGACCGGACGGUGCGCAGUCGGUGUACCACCUGCACCUGCACGUGCUAGGCGGCCGCCAGAUGGGCUGGCCGCCCGGCUAGCGCCCUCUCCGUGUGCCUCCGACGCCUGGGCACAAGUCACCUGCAAUGCCUAUUCAGCCGGCCUUUAUUGGAAACGUUCAAUAAAGACGAAUAAAAUAGCCAACUGGG